AUGGCCAGCCAAAUAUCAGAAGAGUGUUGGGAAAACGGUGAGAAAGAUGACAUCGGAAGACCUGGAAACAUUCAGCAACCAGAUUGUGAGUAUUCUACUCCUUCACCGGUCUCGAACUCUCCAGAUAUCCGACUCUCCCCAUCCUCCCCGCCUGCUUCCCCAUCCUCUGAAGACAACAGGACAAGCCUUCUUGCUACUUCCAAAGAUGAAAUGAAACCUCAGUUGCCGAUGGAGAAUUUUUAUGAUCAUAGUCCUGGUGAAGUUUAUACAAUACCUGAGGAAGAAGAUGAGAUAUCAAGUCCAACUAGCGAUGGUGUUACAAGUUUGAGAAAGCGACGACUAGUGGGAGGUAACUCACUAGGCCUCUCACACUUCAUCAACUCACUUAUUCAGUUUUCCCUUCCUCUACCUUUCUCUGCACUCUAUUUGCUUUCGAUCCAUAUGAUUUCACCAUCCCAUGAACAAAUUAAAAAAGUUAAAUGA